AUGGCCCCCAGAACCUAUUUGACCACUGGCUUGAGACACCUAGGCAAGCCCCGUCUCCUGGAGCCUGGUGAAACCUUCGUUGUCCGGUACAAGAAUUCCCUCCGGCAAUACAAAUCCGACGUCUGGAUUGGCGUGGUACUGCCAGAGAAAUUCGGACCAAGCCGGCACAUAAACCGUCGCCCUGUUGGUGCCCAGCCAGUUGAGGGUGCCUGGAUGACGCACCUGAAAGACCGGAUGUACUCGGUGUAUCUUCCGGGUCGAAACAUGUACAAAUGGGUCGGACUCCAGGAUCUCUUUAUUCUCAAUGAAAAGACCAUCAACGUUCUUCGUCGCGCUCAGAGAGAGCCUGAUGCCAAGAUCUGGGACGAUCUGAUGGAAAUCAUUCGGACUGAGCCUGGCCUCGAAUUUUGGAAGAACAUGUCUCUCCAGGAACUAGGAGCCAAGGGGAAACGAGGCAAGGAACUUCGUCUGGUCCUGCCAAGUGGCCAUGAGGACAUGGUCUCCUGUGCAGAAAGCGAUGCAGAAUCUGAGUCCGAGGAGGAAGAUGGAGAUGGAGAUGACAAUGAAGAAGAAGACAAAAAGGACCUAUCAAAUCACGUGGAGCCUGAUACUGACGCUGCACCCUCAUCUAAUGAGCUGACAACCAUCAGGUCAUUUUCUGACCCACGUGCUCCUCAGAGCGCUCAGUUCAGACAAACAUUGGGGUCUUUGCAAGAUGUUAAACCCGUCAGCUCUGCAUCCGAAAGCAUUCCUUUUGCUGACAGAGAGAGCUCUAGCUUCAAAAAGACCCAGCAAUUCCAUCCGUGUCCCCCUCUGGUGCCUCCCACUUCUUCUUCUCUCCCAACGUCAUCGACAACCAAUGCGCCACAAACUACCAUGACGCUAAACAUGGUGCCUAAGGUUGAAGAUGAUACUAGUGCUGGUGCUAGUGGUAGAAUUGCAGAUGUGCCAACUCAGCAACCCAUCCAAGAGUUCUCAAUCUUCGAUUUGACUCUCAGCCAAGCUCUGAAACAUGUCUUCCUGAACCAGCCUCAAACUGCCAAGAUCACCGAUGUGUUCCUAGGCGCCCUAGCUCUCGAAAAACAGCCGGAGCACCUACAGAUCCGUGAAUACCUAGCAGAUGGAGAAUUCCCCCCUCGCCUAAUUACACUUAAAAACUCAGGCUUCUCGCAUCCCACUCCAUUCCCAGCCCUCGAUUCCGACAGCAGUACUACCUACCGCCUGGUUGGCGAUCAAAUGGGAAUUGGUCAGAACUUCAAACUGAACGGCGUGAGCAACAGCCUCGAUCUGGAAAAUGCCAUCAUCGUCCUGGGAAGAGUAUACCUCCAAGCCCGCCGUUUCGGCCUGAUGGAUUUGGUCUACCGAAUUACCUUCAAGCUCCAAGUCGCCUGGAACUGUUACCCAGAACUAUACCAGUCCAAACCCCUCCUCGCGGUUGCUUCGCUUGCUUUCACUGGCCGAACAGAGUUCGAUGAGGCGGGCUGUGAUUACCUCCAGUCAUGGCUCAUUCAUUUCAUUGCUGAGGCCUCGGACCUGCUCACGUAUAAUGCUAGCGAGCAGUUCUGGUCGUUGUUGCGAGAACACCCAAAGCUGCAAGAGAAAGUUCUCAAUCUUCGCACCGUGGCUCAUGUCCAUAACCCCGAGUUGUAUGGUAAUACCCGUGCGCUACUUGAGAGCCGUGGUCUGGGAAACAUUUGA